AUGGCUUCUGCACGGGUGCCUGAAACGACGUCCGUUUGGGAUUUUAGCGGCACGUGGUCGUCAAAACUGGCAGGCGUCCGGUUCGUAAUCGACACGCACAGCACAGUGGGCAUAGACAAUAGUAUACCUGUAAAGAUAUUAGACAUGGCGGCUGGCACGAAAUCAAACGGUUUCCUCAACAAAGAUUGGAUGGCCAAGGCCAGCGCGCAGUACGGACAUCUCGGACCGGUCUCGUUGUCUGUUAUAAACAGAGCGGAUAAGAACGUUGCCGUUUUUAUCGGAUUUGUCAACUCUCAAAACAAUAAAGACUUUAUUACUGGUAUGUGGUCUAUGGGAAGAAACUGUAAAAAUAAUUUGGACACUCAUCAGUCAGUAUUUAACAUACCGGAUGUUCUGUAUAAAGAUAGCAAUGAACAAGGUGAUUAA